GAAAUCACAAAUGUCCUCUAGACUUAAACUGCUCCUGACUACCCAUUUCUGGGCUCCUGUGGGAGUUCUAGGAAUUGCAGUAUCUGGACUAGAAUUGCUAUACUUGAAACCAUCCCAUCAUAAUAUGAACCUAGCAAUUGGCUUUACGAUUGCUUCACCAUUAAUGGCAAUUCAUGCUGUUUCAAUAAGACCUCGAAAUUUCUUCUUAUGUGCUGUAUGGGUACUCAAUUGAGGAGUUUAUGGAUUUCUAGCUAGGGAUUCAGCAAAACAGUUGAAAGUUGUUAGAGAAGAACAGCAGAAAAUAGCUCUUAAAUAUUUUAAGUAACUACUAAAUAUCUAUAAAAAUUGCAAACCUAAC